AUGAGCGGAGCCAAAGCCCGCAGCGACGCGCCUGUUGCUGAAAAUGUCUCCGGCGGCGGCGGCGGCGGCGGCGGCCACGGCACCGUGGCUCCUCCGCGGGACCGCAAGUCCGGCGGAGGCGUUCUGAAGAGGCUCAAGUCCCGGAGGAGCCAGGUGGACAGCAGGCCCGUGACGGAGGACGACCUGCGGAAACAGAGCGGACACAUCACGCCGGAGGAUGUGCUCGGACUGAGAGUAGCUACGCGAGGCUACCUCUGUAAACCUGAGGACAAUAUUUAUAACAUCGACUUUGUACGCUUCAAGAUCAGAGACCUGGAGACUGACACUGUCCUAUUUGAGAUUGCCAAACCACCACAUACAGAUGAUGAUGAGGAGAACAGAGAGGCAGAUGCCAGCGCAGGCCGAUUUGUACGCUACCAGUUCACUCCAGCCUUCCUGCGGCUGAGGACUGUGGGAGCUACGGUGGAAUUCACGGUUGGGAAUCGGCCUCUAAACAACUUCCGCAUGAUUGAGAGGCACUACUUCCACGAUCACCUGCUGAAGAGCUUUGACUUUGACUUUGGCUUCUGUAUCCCAAACAGCCGAAAUACCUGUGAACAUAUCUAUGAGUUCCCUCAGUUGUCUGAAAGCCUUGUCCGUCAGAUGGUGGAGUGUCCUUAUGAGACCCGGUCAGACAGCUUCUACUUCGUGGAGAACAGACUGGUCAUGCACAACAAGGCAGACUAUGCUUAUAACGGAGGACAGUGAUAUCUACUUGCUCACAUACAAACACACACACACACACAAUCGCUCAUUUAUUGCUAUACAUAUACACCCAUUCACGCACACUGCUCAGCAUACAUGCAGCUCAAACACUCGUACAUGCAUAAACAGCGAGUUGUUUGUAAGGUUGAAUUGCCAUUAAUUGUAAUCAUUUUCAUGGGAUGUAUUUUAUAUUGCUGGAGGUUAAUAUCCGUCUCUGACAUACAAAUAGGAAGCAGCUGUGAGAAAGAGGCUCAAAAUUGGUUAUUUUAUCUGUUUUUAGUGAUUGACAGAUCUCUUUAAUACCAAAAGAGGGCUCAUAGCUAGUGGCCAUGUAACACGUGUCUCAAGCAGACCAAAUGGCUGCUAGAUAGAUGGUUAGUCUCCUCUUUGCAAAGUGUCCUACCACCCAUUCAGCACACACACACAUUUGCACACAGACACACACGCUCAAUCCCCAAGUGACACACAUAGUGUUUACGCAGUGUUUGUCAGAAGCAGCUGUUCUCAGAGCUACCGCCUCCACAAUCCACUCCAGACAAUAUCGGGGGAGAAAGAGAGAAUCCAUCUACAAAAACACUCCUGUCAAACACACAUGGUCACUCCUGCAGCCCCCUCCCCACCUC